AUGCCGCCACCUGAAGACUGUGCAAACCCCCUCUUCCUGAAGUGGCUGGAAGAACUGCGCGAUGCUGCGCGAGAAAAGGGCCUCAAAGUCGCCGAUGUAUAUCAUAAGGGAUGUCGGGCGAUAGCAGCAUGUCCGAUCGCGUAUACGCGCCCAGCCGCGCUGGCGCCUUUGCAGGGCAUUGGCCCCAAGACAAUCCAGCUGCUCGAAGCCAAGCUCAAGGCGCACUGCAAGGCGACGGGCGAGGCGUACCCCGAGUCACCGCCUCGCCAGGUUGCUGCGAAACGACCAAAAGCCAAGGAGAAGGAGGUGGAGGACGACGACGCACCUGCGCCUAAGAAGAAGGCGAAGCGCCCACCACGCCCGUAUAUCCCGGCCGCGCGAUCAGGACCCGCCGGCAUCCUCAUUGGCAUGGUUGUUGCCGCGGGCGACGAGCCAGACGAAGCGCUUGUGGAUCAGCUUACGCGUGGCGAGAUCGUGCGACACGCCCAACCAUUCUGCGAUGCGAGUUACGACCACUCGGAGCGCGGGACUUGGGUCACAGCGUGGAACGGGAUGAAGACGCUCGUGAACAAGGGAUACGUUGGAGUACAGGGGAUUCCGCACCGCUACACGCUUACCGAGGCCGGGUUUGACGUAGCUGUGGUCCUGCGCAACAUGCAGGAUGAAUUUAAGGAUGGGCCCCAGAUCGUUCCGUUCGUUCAGCGAGCCGACAAGGAUGAAGUGUGGGACCGCCCGCUGGUGGGAGCUGGUCCUGGACCCUCGACAAUUGCCGCCCGCCAGUCCCAUUCUGCUGCACCCACGCCCCCCGCAGACCAUGCUCCGGUUCGCAGUGCUCCUCCGGCAUCACGGCGAGUGUCGGCCUCCAGGUUCGGGUUCUGGUAUCUCGACACAAAGGGCAACCGUGUGGAAGACCUCCUCGCUGCGCGCACCCGCCUUGACCCGGUUGACUUUGUUACGCUGCGCCAAAUCGAGUUCCUUGACUCGCAGAGGGACCACCCCAUAACCGGCCAGCUUCGCCUCGUCGACGACGACCCGACGCUGCACGACGACGGCCUGGUCACGCUCGGCGCGUACUUUGUAGAGGACGAGGCGCCACCCCAGUGCAGCAAGUUUGACGACGACGAGAUCGCUACAAAAGUGCAGCCUCCUCCAGUGCAGGUAGCCUCUACCUCGAGAGCGGUGUCAGUGGGCCCAUCACGGAGAUUGGCGCGCACGGCGUCAUCGCGCCCCCGUCUCUCCUCACAGAUGCCGUUGCCUGGCGAACAUCGUGAUGCGGACUUUGACCCCGCCGACACCAUCAUCUUCCCGAAAGGCAGCUACGAGAUCCUCCUCGUCAUUGACACACGCGAGGUCGAGUCGCGCGCGAAUCGCGACCGCAUCACAGAGAGCCUUGAGCGCAAAGGUGUUCGGGUCGAGACGCGCGCCCUCCGCCUCGGCGACAUGUGCUGGGUUGCGCGCCGGCUCGACGCAUACGGCGCCGAGGAGGACGAAUGCGUGCUCGACUUUGUCGUCGAGCGGAAGCGCCUCGAUGAUCUCGUAGCGAGUAUCCGCGACGGGCGGUACAACGAGCAAUGCUUCCGACUGGGACAAAGCGGGAUCAGGAACGUCUUCUACAUCGUCGAGGACUAUCAGAAAGCGCAGCGCAUGCAGUUCCAGGGCAAGCAGAUCAUGACUGCCAAGUCGCAGGUACAGGUCAUGAACGGUUUUUUCCUCAAGGAAACGCACAAGCUCGCCGACACGAUCGACUACCUCGUCGCCAUGACGAGCGUGAUCAAGGCCUCGGCAGGCGACCUGCACAUCAUCCCUUCGCGCUACCUGAGCCGCACGAACUAUUCGUCGCUGCAGACCAAACUGCGCGCGAGCCACCCUAAUAAUCCCUUCCUCACGUCCUACGAGGCGUUCCAAGAACUCAACAAGAAAUCCAACCUCCGCACCACCAAGGAGUACCUCGCUCGUAUGCUACUCGUGAUCAAGGGCAUGAGCCCCGAGCGCGUUAGCGCCAUGCUGGACGUGUGGGAGACGCCGCGCGAGCUGUACGAUGCUAUGAAGGUGCGACAUGCGCAGGGGGUGCUCGAGGACGGACGACGGAAGCGCGGCCCCGAGUUCAUGUUCGCCGACGUGGUGCCCGGCGAGGGACGACGCAAGAUCGGCGACGCGCUCAGUAAAGCCAUUUGGUAUGCGCUCUGGGGCAAAGACAACGAGGAUGACGUUACGCCAGCGAAGGAGGUACCGAUCCCAGCAGCCAAGAAGGGUGCGCAAGCCACAGCGAAAAAAACGACACCCGCCGUUGUUCCUUCCAAAAGUCCUACGCCGACCAAAGCGGUCUCUCCCCCGCCGCCGCGCCGGCCCUCUCCGCCAGUACCGUCACCCACAUCGUCACCAGAGUUCGUUUUCGCCGGCUGGGGGACAGGCCAACAACCCUCUGCACCCGCCCACACUCCCCGUGCGACGAUGCGCAUUUUCGUUCCCCCUCCCUUUCCCGUGUCUCCUGCGCGUUCACCCACUUCGCCAUCAUCGCGUCGGCACCAUUCCUCCCCAUCGCGUGUUCGCCGUCUGAACAUCAACCGUUCACGCGUCCCUCUCUUCUUAGACAGCGACAGUGACGACACACCCGAGACUAUUGUCAUUGAUUAG